AUUCAAGGGGUGGGUGAGGGUGGGAUAUCCUGGGAUUCCGGUUCGGGGGUUGGGGGUGGUUGGUGCAAUGUACGCCACCCAAAAAUAUUUUUUUCUUUUGGGUGUGCGCCACUGCACACCAGCAGCGUCACUCGCUGCGGUGCUGAUGCGGGGUGCGUGGGUGUCAGGCUUCUUAAAUGCACACAUGGCUCAGCACAGAUGUUCAGGCAGAUGUGUCACAAUUACGAACAUCCCUGCGUCGUUACGUUACUUUUAAAUUCUGGCUAAAAUCAACGGGUCUGUCAGAAUGUAAGUACCCAGGUGUUCUCACCUGCAUUCUAUUACUACAGGGUAAGUAUUUUUGUACUAUCAAUAAUAUCCAGUGGUGAGAGGAGAGGGACGCAAUGCCAGUAAAACAUGACGAUGAGUUCAUCCUUUCUUCAUCCUCUGGUGAUGAAGAUGAUGCUACAGUAUGAGGUCAUUUGCCCCACAAACCUAACCCAGUUCUCCCGAACAGCUGCAGUUCGCUCCGACAGAAAAACUCUGCGCUUGCGCCAUCUAGCGGCGCUCUUUGUAACGUGCGCCAAACGGGUCGGUAAAUUCGCGGCUGCGUGGUGUGAUUUAAAAAGCACUUCUUCUAUUGCAGUAGGCAGCAUAUUUGAAUAAAUUAACACCUAUUGUUUAAAUAUGACAUAUGAGCUCCAAAGAGAGUAAAAAAACAACUUAGAAACAGAAUAAAAGGACAAGUUUAAAGCAUCAUUAUUGCGUCCUAUAAUUGCAUUUAAAGAUGUUAAAAGGUAACAAAAGAAUGAAUAAAAGCAAAUGUAGCUCUGGUUUCCCUCAUCCUCCUCCCAUUCGCAUGUGGAUGCAUCGUUACCAUGGAAACCACUAACAAACGCUUAGCUGAGGAUUGGUGUAGACGAAUCUCGGCUGAUUGCGCUUAGAAAUAAUAAUAAAAAACAACAAAGAUAACACUUGAAGCAGAUAAGGCUGUAAUUUUAGACUCUAGAGAGUUGUAGAGAAAUGUUGGAGCCAUGUCGACCAGCUCUCGGAACACCAAAGUGAGCUACAGACUCAGCCAGCCGUCUGAGUUCGCGGAGACGCUCAAGGAAAUGCAGCAAAAGCUGAAGGAGGAGCGUGAAUCUAAGCGUGCCCAGCUGGAUGGAAGACAUGACUACAUUCUCAGUAUUGUGGCCUCAUGUCUGGGGCUGGAGAAGGCUGAUGUGGAAGAUGCCAUAUUGGAUGGGAAUCAGAUUGAACGUAUGGAGCAAUUCUUUGUGUCAAACGGUCUUCCACACCUGAUGUUUUACUAUCAGGAUACAGAUCCAGCUGAUGGAGCAGCUGCAGCCUCAACACCCUCCCAGAUUGAGUCUCCACAUCCUGGUCAGGAAAAAAGAUUGUUUGUAACAGAUGGCAGAGAUGUGGCCCUGACCGGAGUGUGUGUCUUCUUCACUAGAGCCAUCACUACGAAGGCAAUAACCUCUGAGAACAUACACAGGGAUGUGAAUUUCAACAUGCUGGACACGGCAGAAGUAGGUCUGUUAAAGAGUGUGGAACAGUUGCUCUCUGAUGUCUUUAUCCCCACUCUGAAUAAAAUCAACCAUGGCUGGGGAGAGCUGGCCAGUCCCCAGGCCCAGACUGUUAAACAGGAGUUCAUCUCCUCACUUGAAAGCUUCGUGUCUGUCCUGGUUGGGGCUCAAGAGAGCCUGAAAGAAAAGGUGACCUUAAAGGAAUGUGACACAUUUGACCUGCGGGUGCUGAAAGGCCCAGCAGACUACAAGGCAGCAGCCAACAACUUAGAGACCACAGAAAGGAUGGAGGCCUGCAUGAAAGUUUGGAUUAAACAGAUAGAAAAAGUUUUGGCUGACAGCGAUCAGCUAAGAACAGAGGCUGAUGACCUUGGUCCUCGAGCUGAGCUGGACCACUGGAAGAAACAAAUGUCUCGCUUCAGCUAUCUUCUGGACCAGCUGAAAAGCCCGGAUGUCAGAGCGGUACUUGGUGUGCUCUUGAUGGCCAAAUCUAAACUCAUUAAGUCCUGGAAAGAGCUAGACACCAGGAUCACUGAUUCAGCCAAUGAAGCCAAAGACAAUGUCAAGUACCUUUACAGCCUGGAGAAGUUUUGUGAUCCCCUCUACAACAGCGAUCCCGUAACAAUGGUGAAUGCAAUUCCAGGUCUGAUUAAUGCCAUCAGGAUGAUUCACAGUAUUUCUCGCUACUACAACACAUCAGAAAAGAUUACAUCUCUUUUCGUCAAGGUUACAAACCAGAUGAUUACAGCUUGUAAGGCCUACAUCACUAAUAACGGACUAAAUUCAAUAUGGGACCAACCCCAGCCAGUCGUUGUUGACAAAAUCAAAGCUGUAAUCCACUUAAACCAGGAAUACCAGCGGUAUUUCCGGAAAACCAAGGAGAAGCUGGAGCAAAGUCCCUCAGAAAGACAAUUUGACUUCAGCGAGAUGUACUUUUUUGGAAAAUUUGAUGCAUUCCAGCAACGCCUUAACAAGAUACUGAAAAUGUUUCACACCAUGUCAACCUACUCGGCACUGCAGGACUCCAAGAUUGAAGGGCUAGAAACCCUUGCCACCAAGUUUCAAACUGCAGAAAUGCAGGCAAAAUGGGAGGUUAUUGUGACAAAUAUGAAGCAAAAGCAUUACAGUUUCCUGGACCACAGAAAGAUUGACUUUGAUGUUGACUAUGCAGAAUUCUGUGAGAGCACCUCUGAACUCCAUAACCAGCUGAAGAGUUUUAUGGAUACAACCUUUGAGCAAAUUCAAAAUACAGAACGAGCUUUAAAUGUGCUGAAGAGAUUUGAAAGGCUGGGCAUUCCUGAUCUAGGCAUUGAUGAGAAGUAUCAGAGCAUUUUCCAGAAUUACGGCCGUGACAUUGAGAUGGUUUCCCACUUCUACGAGAAGCAGAAAAUGGACCCCCCCAUUGGGAGGGACAUGCCACCAGUGGCGGGCAGGAUCAUGUGGACUCGGCAGCUCUACAGGCGAAUCCAGACGCCAAUGGAUCUUUUUCAAGAGCGUCCAGGAAUUCUUUCAGCGCCAGAUUCUAAGAGGAUUAUCAAGAACUUUAACAGGGUAGCAAGAGUCCUGUUGGAGUAUGAAAUACUCUACCAUCACAGCUGGCUGACAAAGAUGGGGGAUUCCAGAGCAGGCCUGCAAGUCUCACUGCUGGUCAGGUCUCUAGAAACUGGGAGGCUGUUUGUGAACUUUGACCCAGAGAUACUGACCCAGAUCAGGGAGGUGGACUGCAUGACACAAAUGAAUCUGGAGGUUCCUCCCUUUGCUGCUCUGUUGCAGCAAAAGCAGGUCACACUUAAGAAAAACCACAGCAAAUUACAGCACAUGUUGAAUGAGAACAGCAGAGUGCGGGCCAAGAUUCAGCCUGCAUUUGAAAAGUUGGCUCUUCCACAUGUAGCUAAGGUAGAUGAGGCUAUACAGCCAGGUUUGACCUCCCUCAACUGGACAUCUCUGAAUGUAGACGAGUAUUUGAGCCGCAUUGACAAUGCAUUGGUUGACCUGGAGCUGCUGAUGGACAGAGUGAAUGACUUGGUAGAGUUUAGAAUAGAUGCUGUACUGCGCGAGAUGAGUUCAUCUACAUUGUGUGUUCUGCCAGACGAGGAGCCAGUGACCUGUGAGGAGUUUGUUAAAACUACCAAGGACCUGUGCAUAAAACAAGCCCAGAACCUAAACAUUAAGAGUGCACUUGUGGAGGAGGCUGCCAAUGAGCUGAUCAACAUGCUGAUGGUGUUUGACCACGGUCAAAAAGAGGAGCAGAAGCGUGAGGUAGAAAGUUCCCCUGACAGCAAGAACCAUCAUGACACUGAAGGGGAGGAUGAACGCCACUCAGGGAACCGCCUCCUCUCUAGAAACAUGUUGCUUCCUUCAUCUAGUGUUGGUCCUUCAUCUCCUUUGGUGAGGAGGAGGAAGAAGAGAGAUCUGAUGGAAGUAAUGGAAGAAGCAGCUCAGGAACUGCUGUCCUACUUCAACCAUCGCAAUGUGGAUGCAUUGCUCAAAGUGACACAAAACACCCUGGAGAUGCUGUGCAAGCGAAUGCACCCUUCAUCCCCCAUGAAUUUCCUGGGUGAGGGUAAGUCACUCAACCAAGGUACAAGCCGUGGUCAUCCGGCCAUCUUUCGAGUCAAUGUGACCCUCUCCAUCCCUAACAUCAUCAUGGUUCCAGCUCUGGAGGAGGUCCAACAAGCUUUAAACCGGGCUGUAGAAUGUGUGGUCAGUGUAAACAAAGGAGUAAGCCAAUGGAGCAGAGACAGGAUCUCCAAGAAAAAAAUUAAUGAAAGGCGAAUUGCGGCUUUGAAACAAGACGAUUCUGAGAGUGAAUCGGAGGAUGGAGCUUUAACACACAGAAGUGUGACUGAAGGCAGCAGUUCAGAAACUUCAGCAUCUGUGAUUCAACCCAUCCCAUUCCAAGUUAGAAAUUACUACAAGAGUGUAUCAGAAAACAAAGAGAUGGUCAAGUUGGUGUCAGUUCUCAGCUCAUCCAUCAUCUCUACCAAAAAGGACGUAGUGUCUGCCCUCAGCCGCUUCAACAGUUACCAUCACAUUUGGAAAAAAGACAGAGAAGACACCAUACAGAGAUUUGUCAAAGGAAAACCUUUGCUAUCAGAGUUUGAGAGUCAGAUUCAUAUCUAUCAAGAUCUGGAGCGUGAAAUCAACUCUGAACCGGAGUACAUCACUGUGGGAGCCUUAGCUUUAUUCACAGCUUCCUUAAAGAUGUCACUCACUGCUGAGACUAAGAACUGGAUGAUGGACUUCGGGCUGUCCUGUAACAGAAAGCAUCACUCAGAGAUGGAUCAGAUCUUUGCUUUCAUUGAUGAGGCGGGAAAGAAACUGAAUCGACAGAUCAAAGAUCUGGAUGAUUUUCGCAUCGCUAUGGCUGCACUCAAGGAGAUUAGAGAUCAUGAAAUACAAAUGGACUUUUCAAUAGGACCAAUCGAGGAGUCGUAUGCUAUGCUUUCUAAACAUGAACUGUCUGUGGCCAAAGAUGAGAUUGAGAAGGUGGACACUCUGCGUUACACCUGGGAAAAACUCCUGUCUCGGACAAUAGAGGUGCAGAAUGAACUGGUCAUCCUCCAACCACACUUCAGAGGAGAACUUACUACUAAUGUGAAGAUCUUCCAAGAGGACUGCCAGCACUUUUACCAGGAUUAUGAGAAGGAUGGUCCCAUGGCAGAGGGUUUAGUUCCCCAGGAUGCCAGUGACAAACUCAUCAUGUUCCAGAAUCGAUUUGACAAUCUCUUCAGGAAGUAUAUCACUUACACCAGUGGAGAGGAGCUGUUUGGGAUUCCUGUUACACAGCAUCCCCAGCUUUUGGAGAUAAAGAAACAGUUGACUCUGCUGCAAAAGCUGUAUGGCCUUUACAACAACGUCAUUGAAACAGUGAAUGGUUACCAUGACAUCCUCUGGGCCGACAUCAACAUUGAGAAGAUCAACAAUGAGCUGCUAGACUUUCAGGCCAGAUGCCGCAAGCUGCCACGUGCCCUAAAGGAGUGGCAGGCCUUCCUGGACCUGAAGAAAACCAUAGAUGAGUUCAGUGAGUGCUGCCCCCUGUUGGAGCUCAUGACUAACAAAGCUAUGAUGACGCGCCACUGGAAGAGAAUCACUGAGGUGACUGGCCACACCUUUGAAGUGGAGACGGAUACGUUCAAACUACGUAACAUUAUGGAUGCUCCUCUGCUGAAGUUUAAAGAAGAGAUUGAGGAUAUCUGCAUUAGUGCUGUAAAAGAGCGAGAUAUUGAACAGAAGCUGAAGCAGGUCAUUGCUGAGUGGGACAACAAGACUUUUACCUUUGCCAGCUUCAAAACACGAGGAGAGCUGCUGCUGCGAGGAGACAGCACAUCCGAGAUCAUUGCCAGCAUGGAGGACAGCCUGAUGAUGUUGGGGUCUCUCAUGAGCAACAGGUACAACACCCCAUUUAAAGGCCAGAUUCAGAAGUGGGUCCAGAACCUUUCCAACACCACAGAUAUUAUUGAACACUGGAUGACUGUUCAGAAUCUGUGGAUCUACCUGGAGGCUGUGUUUGUGGGUGGAGACAUUGCCAAACAGCUGCCUAAGGAAGCAAAGCGUUUCUCAAACAUUGACAAGUCGUGGGUGAAGAUAAUGAUGCGAGCCCAUGAAAUGCCUAACGUUGUACAAUCCUGUGUGGGAGAUGAGACCAUGGGGCAGCUGCUUCCUCACCUGCUUGAACAGCUGGAGAUUUGUCAGAAAUCUCUUACAGGUUAUCUGGAGAAGAAGCGACUGCUGUUUCCACGUUUUUUCUUUGUUUCUGACCCCGCCCUACUGGAAAUUCUGGGCCAAGCCUCGGACUCCCACACCAUUCAGGCUCACCUUCUCAAUGUCUUUGACAACAUCAAAUGUGUACAAUUUCAUGACAAGAUAUAUGACCGAAUUCUUGCGGUGUCAUCACGAGAGGGGGAAACCGUGAUGCUCGAGCGCCCUGUCACGGCAGAAGGAAAUGUGGAAGUGUGGUUAAAUGCUCUCUUGAAGGAAUCUCAGCGGUCAUUGCACUUGGUGAUCCGACAGGCUGCUUUGGCCAUCCAGGACUCUGGCUUUCAGCUCAUUGACUUCCUUUAUUCAUUCCCUGCUCAAGUCGGCUUGCUUGGUAUCCAGAUGAUAUGGACCAGGGACUCUGAGGAGGCGUUGACCAAUGCCCGGUUUGAUCGCCGUAUUAUGGCGAAAACUAACCAGCUAUUCCUUGAUCUGCUUAACACCCUUAUUGACAUGACCACAAAAGAUCUGGAAGCUAUAGAGAGAACAAAAUAUGAGACCCUCAUCACCAUCCAUGUCCACCAGAGGGACAUAUUUGAUGAUCUGUGCCGGUUGCACAUCAAAAGCCCCACAGACUUUGAAUGGCUGAAGCAAUGUCGCUUCUACUUCAGUGAGGACUCAGCUAAGAUGAUCAUCAACAUCACAGAUGUUAGCUUUGUCUACCAGAAUGAAUUCCUGGGCUGCACAGAAAGGCUUGUCAUUACACCUCUGACCGACAGAUGUUACAUCACCCUCGCCCAGGCGCUUGGUAUGAGUAUGGGUGGUGCUCCUGCUGGUCCUGCAGGCACAGGAAAGACUGAAACCAUUAAGGACAUGGGCCGCUGUCUGGGGAAGUAUGUUGUGGUUUUUAACUGCUCUGACCAGAUGGACUUCAGAGGCUUAGGGAGAAUAUUCAAAGGUCUGGCUCAGUCCGGUUCUUGGGGUUGUUUUGAUGAGUUCAACCGCAUCGACCUCCCUGUUCUGUCUGUGGCUGCUCAGCAGAUUGCUAUAGUCCUUACCUGCAAGAAGGAACGCCGCAAAAACUUCAUUUUUACUGAUGGAGACAGUGUUGAGAUGAAUCCUGAAUUUGGCAUCUUCCUCACAAUGAAUCCAGGUUACGCUGGUCGCCAGGAGCUUCCUGAAAACCUGAAGAUCAACUUCCGCUCGGUAGCCAUGAUGGUUCCUGACCGUCAGAUCAUCAUUAGGGUGAAAUUGGCCAGCUGUGGAUUCAUAGACAACGUAGAGCUGGCUCGCAAAUUCUUCACUCUUUAUAAGCUGUGUGAAGAGCAGCUCUCUAAACAGGUUCACUACGACUUUGGGCUACGGAACAUCCUGUCGGUUCUCCGUACCCUGGGGGCAGCAAAGCGAGCAAAUCCCAGUGACACAGAAUCUACUAUUGUCAUGAGGGUUCUGAGGGACAUGAAUCUGUCCAAACUGAUUGAUGAGGAUGAGCCCCUGUUUCUGAGCUUGAUUGAGGACCUUUUUCCAAGCAUCCAACUCGAUAAAGCGGGAUACCCUGAGCUAGAGGCUGCCAUUGACAAACAGGCUGAAGAUGCUGGUCUGAUCAUUCAUCCUCCCUGGAAGCUGAAGGUCAUCCAGCUGUUUGAGACUCAGAGGGUUCGACAUGGCAUGAUGGCCCUGGGGCCCAGCGGGGCAGGGAAGACAACUUGUAUACACACUCUGAUGAAAGCCAUGACUGAAUGUGGCCAGCCCCACAGAGAGAUGCGAAUGAACCCCAAAGCCAUCACAGCACCACAGAUGUUUGGUCGACUCGACGUGGCCACAAACGACUGGACUGAUGGCAUCUUCUCUACUCUCUGGAGAAAAACACUGAGAGCAAAGAAAGGAGAGCAUGUCUGGAUAGUUCUGGAUGGACCCGUCGAUGCCAUUUGGAUUGAAAACCUAAAUUCAGUUUUGGACGACAACCGAACUCUAACACUUGCAAAUGGAGAUCGCAUACCGAUGGCUCCCAACUGUAAGGUGGUUUUUGAGCCACACAACAUCGACAAUGCCUCUCCAGCCACUGUGUCGCGCAAUGGUAUGGUGUUCAUGAGCUCCUCUGUUCUCAGCUGGAGCCCAAUACUGGAGGGCUGGUUGAAAAAACGCUCCCCUCAGGAGGCAGAGGUACUGAGGCAGCUUUUCUCAUCCUCCUUCCCUGAGCUGUAUCGCUUCUGUGUGCAGUCGUUAGAGUUCAAGAUGGACAUGCUGGAGGCCUUCGUCAUCAUGCAGUGCAUAAACAUGCUCCAGGGACUCAUUCCACAAAAGGAGCAGUGUGGUGAGCUACCCAGAGAGCACCUGGAACGACUGUAUGUCUUUUCCCUCAUGUGGAGCACCGGGGCUUUACUUGAGCUGGAAGACCGGAGGAAGAUGGAGCACUGGCUCAGAGGAAAUGACAGCAUUUGUCUAAAUUUGCCAGAUAUUCCUCCUGACAGCGCAGACACAAUGUUUGACUACCACAUCACAGCAGAUGGUCAUUGGGUCCACUGGAACACCAAAGUCGAGGAAUACUUUUAUCCACCUGAUGUGACCCCAGAGUACAGCUCCAUCCUUGUCCCCAAUGUGGACAAUGUUAGAACAGACUUCCUAAUUCAGACCAUCGCCAAACAGGGCAAGGCUGUUUUGCUGAUUGGUGAGCAAGGGACAGCAAAAACUGUUAUCAUCAAGGGAUGCAUGUCCAAGUAUGACUCUGAAACCCAAAUGGCCAAGACUCUCAACUUCUCCUCUGCUACCACACCACUCAUGUUCCAGAGGACAGUUGAGAGCUAUGUGGAUAAGAGAAUGGGGACCACUUAUGGCCCCCCUGCUGGGAAGAAAAUGUCAGUUUUUAUUGAUGACAUCAACAUGCCUGUCAUCAAUGAAUGGGGGGACCAGGUGACUAAUGAGAUAGUCAGGCAGCUUAUGGAGCAGAAUGGCUUCUUCAACCUGGAGAAACCUGGAGAGUUCACCAAUAUUGUUGACAUUCAGUUCCUGGCUGCCAUGAUUCAUCCAGGAGGAGGCCGUAAUGACAUCCCACAAAGGCUGAAAAGGCAGUUCUCCAUUUUUAACUGUACUCUGCCAUCCAAUGUCUCCAUAGAUAAAAUAUUUGGUGUGAUUGGUGAAGGCCAUUUUUGUGCACAUCGUGGUUUCAAUGAGGAAGUACAGAGCAUCGUAACUCGUCUUGUGCCUCUAACCCGUCGUCUCUGGCAACUGACUAAACUCAAGAUGCUUCCAACUCCUGCAAAGUUUCACUACAUCUUCAACCUGAGAGAUUUGUCCAGAAUAUGGCAAGGGAUGCUCAUUACCACUGCUGACGUGGUUAACUCAGUCCAGAUUGUGCUGGCACUGUGGAAGCAUGAGUGUAAACGUGUGAUAGCCGAUAGAUUUACGAUGCCUGACGAUGUGGAAUGGUUUGACCGAGCGCUUGCAAAGCUGGUGGAAGAGGAGCUCGGGGAGGAGCACUUGAAGAUGGUUGAUGUUGGAGUAGAAAGAUAUUUCGUAGACUUCUUACGAGAUGCCCCAGAAGCUACAGGAGAAGAGCCAGAAGAUUCAGACUUUGAUUUGCCCAAAGUUUACGAGCCCAUUGAGUCUUUUGAGAGUCUCAAGGAUCGACUGAACAUGUUCCUGUCCCACUUCAACGAGAGCAUCAGGGGCACUGGCAUGGAUAUGGUGUUCUUUCAAGAUGCAAUGGUUCAUCUGGUCAAGGUGUCUAGAAUAAUCCGGACCCCUGGAGGUAACGUCUUGUUAGUCGGUGUUGGAGGUUCUGGCAAACAGAGCCUAACCAGACUGGCUUCGUUCAUAGCUGGAUACAAGAUUUUCCAAAUUACACUCACACGCUCAUACAACACAGCUAACCUGAUGGAUGACCUGAAGAAUUUAUACAGAAUAGCUGGCCAACAGGGAAAAGGUGUCUGCUUCAUCUUCACUGACAACGAAAUCAAAGACGAGUCCUUCCUGGAGUAUAUGAAUAACGUUCUAUCAUCAGGAGAGGUGUCCAACUUGUUUGCUCGUGAUGAGAUCGACGAGAUCCUCAGUGAUCUAAUACCUGCAAUGAGACGAGAGUUUCCACGGCGACCACCAUCUAAUGAAAACCUGUACGAGUACUUCAUGUCACGGGUCCGACAUCAUCUCCAUGUGGUUUUGUGCUUUUCUCCGGUGGGGGAAAAGUUCCGCAACAGAGCGCUGAAGUUCCCAGCGCUGAUAUCAGGCUGCACCAUGGACUGGUUCAGUCGCUGGCCCAAAGACGCACUUGUUGCAGUUUCAGAGCACUUCCUGUCCUCCUAUGAUAUAGACUGCACACCUCAGGUCAAACAGGAAGUCGUGCAGUGCAUGGGCUCAUUCCAGGAUGGUGUUGCAGAGAAGUGUGUAGACUACUUCCAAAGGUAUCGGCGCUCCACCCACAUCACCCCAAAGUCCUACUUGUCUUUCAUUCAGGGCUACAAGACCAUCUAUAAGGAGAAGAGGUCUGAAGUCCAGACACUGGCUAACAGGAUGAAUACUGGUCUUCAAAAGCUGAAGGAGGCAUCUGAGUCAGUAGCAGCUCUCAGCAAAGAGCUGGAGGUGAAAGAAAAAGAGCUAAAGGUUGCGAAUGACAAGGCUGAUAUGGUGCUUAAGGAGGUGACAGUAAAAGCCCAGGCAGCAGAACAGGUGAAGGUAGAAGUGCAGAAAGUGAAGGACAAGGCCCAAGCCAUUGUAGACAGCAUUUCAGCUGACAAGGCCAUUGCUGAGGAGAAGCUAGAAACUGCUCGACCCGCUCUGGAGGAGGCAGAAGCUGCACUGCAGACUAUAAAGCCGUCAGAUAUCGCCACAGUAAGAACCCUCGGCCGUCCUCCCCACCUCAUCAUGAGGAUCAUGGACUGUGUGCUGCUGCUCUUCCAGAGGCGUGUCAAUACUGUGAAGAUCGAUCCAGAGAAAAACUGCAACACUCCCUCCUGGCAGGAGUCCCUAAAACUGAUGACAGCGGGAAACUUCCUGGGCAGCUUGCAGCAAUUCCCCAAAGACACCAUUAAUGAAGAAAUGGUGGAGCUGCUGCAGCCUUAUUUUGAAAUGGCUGACUACAACAUUGAAACAGCCAAGAGGGUGUGUGGUAAUGUGGCUGGCCUUGCAUCUUGGACUAAAGCUAUGGCCUCAUUCUUCUCCAUUAACAAAGAGGUUUUGCCCUUGAAGGCUAACCUUGCAGUGCAGGAAAAUCGUUUGGCCAUUGCCAAUGUGGACCUUCAAACAGCUCAGGCUGAACUGGAUGCCAAGCAGGCAGAGCUGGAUGUGGUGCAGGCGGAAUAUGAGAAAGCCAUGAUGGAGAAACAGACGCUGUUGGAGGACGCUGAGCGCUGCAGACGCAAGAUGCAGACAGCGUUCAGUCUCAUCAGCGGCCUUGCUGGUGAGAAGGAGAGAUGGACAGAACAGAGUAAAGAGUUCGCCGCUCAAACCAAACGUCUUGUGGGCGAUGUUCUCCUGGCCACAGCAUUCCUCUCCUAUUCUGGUCCGUUCAAUCAGGAGUUUCGUAAUCUUCUGGUCAGCGAGUGGCAGCGAGAGUUGAAGCAGCGCUCCAUACCAUUUGGCACCAACUUAAAUUUGACAGAACUUCUCAUUGAUGCACCUACAGUUAGUGAAUGGAACCUGCAGGGACUUCCAAGUGAUGACCUGUCCAUUCAGAAUGGCAUCAUUGUGACCAAAGCUGCCCGCUUCCCUCUACUUAUUGACCCUCAGACACAAGGAAAAAUCUGGAUCAAGAACAAAGAAGCUAGAAAUGAGCUGCAGAUUACUUCAUUGAACCACAAGUACUUCAAGAACCACCUUGAGGAUAGCUUGUCUCUUGGCCGCCCCCUACUGAUUGAGGAUGUUGGGGAGGAGCUGGACCCUGCGCUCGACAACGUUCUAGAGAAGAACUUCAUUAAAUCAGGCUCCACUUACAAAGUGAAAGUUGGUGACAAAGAGGUUGAUGUUAUGAAGGGCUUUACUCUUUAUAUGACCACCAAGCUCCCUAACCCAGCUUACACUCCUGAAAUCAGCGCUCGCUCCUCUAUCAUUGAUUUCACCGUCACUAUGAGAGGACUAGAGGACCAGCUGCUGGGUCGCGUCAUCCUCAUGGAGAAACAGGAAAUGGAGAAGGAGAGGACAGAUCUCUUAGAAGAUGUGGCGUACAACAAGAGGAAGAUGAAGGAACUUGAAGAUAACCUUCUGUACAGGCUGACCAGCACACAGGGUUCACUGGUGGAUGAUGAGAGUCUGAUUCUUGUGCUCAGCAACACAAAGCAAACAGCAGAGGAAGUCACUCAGAAACUGCAGAUCGCUGCAGAGACGGAGAUUCAGAUCAACGCUGCCAGAGAGGAAUACCGACCCGUGGCCACAAGGGGCAGUAUUCUGUAUUUCCUGAUGACUGAGAUGAGUAUGGUUAACGUCAUGUAUCAGUCAUCUCUCAGGCAGUUUCUGAGACUUUUUGAUCAUUCCCUUGCAAAAUCUUCUAAAAGUCCCAUCCCCAACAAACGGAUUUCCAACAUCAUAGAGUUCAUGACCUUUGAAGUGCACAGGUAUGCAGCAAGGGGGUUGUAUGAAGAGCACAAGUUCCUCUUCACUUUGCUGCUGACGCUGAAAAUUGACAUGCAGAGCUGUAAAGUCAAGCAUGACGAGUUUCACACACUCAUUAAAGGAGGGGCAUCACUGGACCUAAAAGCAUGCCCCCAAAAACCAGCCAAGUGGAUUCUGGACAUGACCUGGCUCAAUCUUGUAGAAGUCAGCAAACUGUGGCAGUUCACUGAUAUACUGAACCAGAUAAGUCGUAAUGAGAAGCAGUGGAAGUCCUGGUUUGAUAAGGAGGCUCCAGAGGAGGAGGUUCUGCCUAACUCCUACGACCAGGCUCUAGACUGUUUCAGGCGGCUGCUCCUCAUCCGCUGCUGGUGCCCUGACAGGACUAUUGCCCAGGCCCGUAAAUACAUAAUGAGCACAAUGGGGGAGAAGUACACAGAGGGGGAUCUUGACUUGGAGAAGAUGUGGGAGGAAUCAGACCCACGAACACCUCUCAUCUGCUUCCUCUCAAUGGGAUCAGAUCCAACAGACUCCAUCAUUGCACUGGGCAAGAAGCUGAAGAUUGAGACUCGAUAUGUGUCCAUGGGGCAAGGACAAGAGGUCCAUGCUCGCAAGCUCCUGCAGCAGACGAUGGCUAAUGGUGGUUGGGCCUUACUUCAGAACUGCCACCUGGGUCUGGACUUCAUGGAUGAACUAAUGGACACGGUGACAGAAACAGACUUCAUUUAUGACAGCUUUCGUCUUUGGAUGACAACUGAGGUCCACAGGAACUUCCCCAUCAUGCUCCUACAAAUGUCGAUCAAGUUCACCAACGAACCACCUCAGGGUCUCAAGACGGGCCUUAAGAGGACCUAUGGAGGUAUAAACCAGGACCUUUUGGAUGUUAGUAACAUGGUCCAGUGGAAGCCAAUGCUCUAUGCAGUGGCGUUUCUCCACAGCACGGUGCAGGAGAGGAGGAAGUAUGGACCUUUGGGAUGGAACAUCCCCUAUGAGUUCAACCAAGCGGACUUCAAUGCAACAGUCCAGUUUAUUCAGAACCAUCUUGACGACAUGGACAUCAAAAAGGGUGUGUCAUGGAGCACAGUACAGUACAUGAUUGGAGAGAUCCAGUAUGGUGGACGUGUAACUGAUGACUAUGACAAACGUCUUCUCAACACCUUUGCAAAGGUGUGGUUCAGUGAGAACAUGUUUGGACCCACCUUCAACUUCUACAAAGGCUACAGCAUCCCAAAAUGCUCCAGCAUUGACCAGUAUUUGUCUUACAUCCAGAGCCUCCCAGCCUAUGACACACCAGAGGUGUUCGGCCUCCACCCGAAUGCAGACAUUACCUUUCAGAGCAAACAGGCUAAAGACGUUCUGGACACCAUCCUAAGUAUUCAGCCUAAAGACAGCUCAUCGGGCGGGGGCGAGACCAGAGAGGCUGCAGUGUCCAGGCUCGCUGACGACAUGCUAGAGAAACUGCCUCCCAACUACAUACCCUUUGAAGUGAGAGAGCGUCUGCAGAAAAUGGGCCCUUUCCAGCCCAUGAACAUCUUUCUUCGUCAGGAGAUCGAUCGAAUGCAGCGGGUCAUAGUUCUGGUCAGAAACACUUUGACUGACCUCAAGCUGGCUAUUGAUGGAACCAUCAUCAUGAGCGAGAACCUGCGCGAUGCCUUGGAUUGUAUGUACGACGCUCGCAUUCCUGCGCGCUGGAUGAAGGCAUCGUGGGCCUCCAGCACCCUAGGGUUCUGGUUCACAGAGCUUCUUGAGCGAAACCGGCAGUUUCAGGCUUGGAUCUUUGAAGGCCGGCCCAACUGCUUCUGGAUGACAGGCUUCUUCAACCCGCAGGGCUUCCUGACAGCCAUGAGACAGGAGAUCACCCGGGCCAACAAGGGCUGGGCUCUGGACCGCAUGGUGCUGUGUAACGAGGUGACCAGGUGGAUGAAGGAUGACAUCACCCAACCCCCCACAGAGGGGGUGUACGUCUACGGUCUGUACCUGGAGGGGGCCGGCUGGGAGCGCCGCCACUGCAAACUCGUUGACUCCAAACCCAAAGUCCUCUUUGAGACAAUGCCCGUGAUUAGGAUGUACGCCGAAAACAAUGGUGUGAAGGAUUUGCGUCUCUAUUCUUGUCCGAUUUACAAGAAGCCAGUAAGGACAGACAUGAAUUACAUAGCAACUGUGGACCUGAAGACGUCCCUCCCCCCAGAACACUGGAUCCUCCGUGGCGUGGCUCUUCUCUGUGAUGUCAAAUGAUCACUUUAUGUUGUUGUGUAUGCAGAGUAGACAUCGAACACUUUUGAUCAAAAUUUCCUCAAGGAAAAUGGUGAUGAGGAUAGCAAAAUGAAUGAAAAUGGUUAGGGUUGUCAGAGAGACAGAUGUUUGAAAAUAAAUAACUGUCUUUGCCUAAGUUUAUAUGAUUACAUCAAAUGUAGAGCUACUGGGUUUCGGGUUGGGCUCUUUGUUUUCAUGUGAGAGACAGCAGGAGCAGCUGGGCUAUAAGAACCACAACUUAAAUAUUUUAGGAUUUCCUCCCGUCUGAUUGAUGAGGUGAUUAAUUCUGUUUUUUUUUUUCAGGCAGCUCAGCUAAUCACGUCAAAUUAUCUGAGUGAAACAACAUUGUAGAUGCAUUUAGUUGGGUUGUCUCAUUAUUUCUCAUUUAGAAGAUUACAUUUAUGAUAGAAGUGGAUAAGAUUC